AUGGCGUCAAAAAUAACGCUCAAGCUUGCCCCGCGCUCCUCGAAGCAGCGGGUCAAGAAGCUCCCCGCUUCAAUUGAGAUCCCCGGCGAUGCCACGAUCGAGGACACGAAGCAGGCCAUCGCCAAGGCCUCCGGCGUUAGUGAUUACAACCGUAUUGGCGUAUUCAACCCCUCCACACGAAAGAACAUCAAGGACCGAAAGGCCUUGAUCCGAGACAACCAGGAUAUAGUGUCCAAGGGCGAGGUCCUCGUGCAGGAUCUGGGACUGCAAAUGGGUUGGAGGCUGGUCUACGUUAUCGAAUACUUAGGCCCCCUACUCUUCCACUUCCUCUUCCUCUACGGGCGUCCCUACCUGGCCAAGGUUGAUCCUUUCUUCUACAAGGACGCCGACAAGGCACCGGCGACUACGAUCCAAUGGGUCAUCUAUUACCUGUUCCAGCUGCAUUUCAUCAAGCGUGAGAUCGAGACCAUCUUCAUUCACAGGUUUUCCGCCAACACCAUGCCCGCGUGGAACAUCUUCCGCAACUCUGCCUUCUACUGGCUCGAGGCCGGUCUUCUAUGCGCUUUCUUCAUCUACUCGCCCAAGUCCUUUGCCGCGAGAGACGAAUUCACCCCCCUGGAUCUUUUCGGCCUGGUGCUCUUCGUCUACGGAGAGAUCUGCAACGCCAUUGUGCACAUACAUCUCGCUGGUCUCCGGAAGCCCGGUGGCACCGAGAAGGGCAUCCCGAACUGCAUUGGUUCUUCUCUUGUGACCUGCCCCAACUACAUGUUCGAGGUCAUCGCCUGGGUUGGUGUGAUUCUGAUCUCCAGAGAGUGGUCCGUCAUUGCGUUCAUCUGCACGGGCAGCAUCUACAUGAGGAACUGGUCUCGGGAUAAGGAAAGGGCGCUCAGGACCACCUUCGGCGACAAGUACAAGAAGCACAAGUACACCAUGCUUCCAGGCCUGAUCUGA